AUGGACAUCGAACAGACACACGCGCCAGCGGUGCCCUCUCCCUUGAACCCAGCCACCAGCAUGUCGAAUUCGCGCGCUGCCUCGAGGACCCCUGCCCCGACGCCGGUUCAGAGAGAGCAACGAGAGCGCAAAGAGUCGCAAAAGAAGCGUGAGAGCAACUUGGGCACAGGAUCAACGAAAAGCGAGUCUUCAUUCUCAACGACACUGGGCAAACGCAAAGGCGGUGCCGUUCAAGCAUAUCCUUCGCCGCAGCGCUUCGCCGUUCCUCCGCCCAGAGCACAGGAUUUCGAAGAGCCCAAAGAGGAUGCCAUGAUAUCGCAUGAGCCCGCGCCUUUCACCAUGCCCAACAGCGAACGGCAAUUGUACAAGCCCAUUGACCUCGCCGAGAACAAGAGGGGCUAUCGGUACUCUCGGGCCAUUGCAGAUCCGCUCUUCCCGCACAAGCAGUUCUAUCGAUCUACCUCUCCUCCGCCCCAUUACUCGCGAUUGAGUUUCGAGGACGCGGACAAGUGGAUGCACUUCAGCACCAACGCUCUGAUCACGACGAACGAGAAAGGAUGGAGGAGUGUUCGAUCGAAUGUAUGCGCAAGAGAAGGAACGCUAUACUAUGAAGUCAAGGUGCACAGAGGCAUUCCAGCGGGAGGACUAGAUCCAGGAGCAGAUGGACCACAGCCGCAUGUUAGAUUCGGCUGGGCGAGAAGAGAGGCACCGUUGGACGGACCUGUAGGCUUCGACGGCUACAGCUACGGUAUUACAGACUCGCGAUUCGAGCCCAUGCAUCGAAGCCGGCCCGGCAAGCUCUUCACUCCAAAGAAAGCAAAGUCGAAGUCUGCCAAGGCUGCUCUUGCAGCUCCGACGCUGGUCAAUCUCGCGCCAGAAGACCAGCACGUCAAAGAGGGGGACGUCAUUGGCAUGGAAAUUCAACUUCCUUCGCUAUCUUUACAGCAGAAGGUCGUCAGCGGAGUGUACAACCCAGCUGCGGAUUUUGGUGAUGGAUUCGAAGGACCAGCCGCACAACGAGAGGAUGACGAGCCAAUGGAUGUCAUUCGAGAUCGCAUCCCGGUCCCAUACAAGGGCAACAGCUACUUCGAGAUCCUGGACCACGUCGCAUCAAAGCACAUGGAGAUCUACGCUGAUCGGACGACAAACAUGAACAACCUGCCAACGAAUCCGACUGGACCUGGUGCUAACAAGGAGAGUAUCAAAGCUCCACCGAACCCCAAUCACGAGCAGCCAUCUCUGCGGACACUCCCUCAGAGUGCAAUACGAGUCUACAAGAAUGGUAAAUCGAUAGGGACUGCAUUCGAGAAUCUGCUGGCUUUCCUGCCGCCCGCAAGCGCUCCGAGUAAGACCAUGGGUGCGAGGGAGGGCUUUGACGAUGGACUAGUCGGCUACUUCCCAGCCAUUUCUUGUUACUGGGGUGGAAUCGCCGAGAUCAAUUUUGGCGACGGCUCGCAUGGAUUUUGGUGUCCACCGCCUCAUCUCAAGCCGACAAAUCAGGACGCGAGCGCGGAUGGCCAGAGGAAAGGCUGGAAUCCAGGCAAGCAGCCAAGACCGAUAGGAGAGCGCUAUAAGGAGCAAGUCGCCGAGGAUGUAAGUCAAUUGCCGUAGUGAUGAGAGAGUUUUGCUAACCCGACUCUCCAGGUGGUAUGGGACAUCAUCGACGAGGUGGACUUUUUCAUGCAAGACGGAGGAUUUGACAGUACGGCCGGAGGUGCCAUGGAAGGCGUAGUUGCCACUGGGAAGACUAGUCGCCUAAGGGACGAGGAAUAG